AAACCUGCAGUAAGCGAACGGUAACGAUCCAUCCAAGGCUGCACGAAUUUUCGUUCGGGACACGCGAGAGUCCUUGAGGGGACAAAAAGACAAAAAAAAUCGUCCGCAGGGCUGGAUCCUGCGGCGAUGCCCUACAUCAGGACAUGCAAUUGACACGGUAGAUACGUGUAUAACGUGGGAUCAAGCGGCCUUGUGCUUAACAGAACGAGCGACUGUGGGAUUUUAUUUUUCAGUCAGUACGAACGCGGCUCUCCGGUGAUUAUGAUUGAUAUCGAAUGUCGCGGAUUAUUUCCGAUCGCGCCCGCAAUAUUUCAAUUUAUUCAAAAUCCGCCCGAAAUCUGAUGUAGUGCUUUCAUUGGACCCGAGUCAAGAUCCAGUCGGCGUUCGAAUGCCUUGAGGAUUAUGUAAAAACCGAAACGUGUGUUCCGUUUGUAUGUGCGUGGGUCGAUCCCAAAAUGAGUCGCAAGAGCUUCUUCAGCUUCAACAAGAGCGAAUCCGAUCUGUCCAAAAAGAACACCAGGAUAUACGAGUACGAUCGCAGUUACAGGUCCAGGCGGGCCGAUGUGCCCUCGUUCGAGGAGCGCAUCCAAUAUUUCAGGAUGGCGAGUGAAUCUCCCACGGAUAACAAUGCGAAUGGAAACGAGCCGAUAAUCCAAACGAUUAUAAAAAAUCCGUCAAGGACGAGUGUAACCACAACAUCGUUACAGAGUAACCACACGAGUACCAGUACUACACGAGUCAGUAAAUCAUCCAGCAGUACUUCGACUACAAGCCAACGACGUCAAAUUACAACAGAUUUGAAAGCGUCCAAUAUGAAAAACGAUCUCGUAGACUUCAAGAACAACAUCAACGACAUGAAGAGCAGCUUACCCAACACACUGAUGCAAUUCAGAAGUUCCUUGGAAAAUUUAGUGGAUGCGGACGAAAGCGAUCCAAUAGUGACUUUUCCGGACGAUACUCCGGUACCUUCGGAAAUGAAUUCCCCUACCAGCACUGUGGACACGCUCAAAUUCGAACAGAAGACCAUGAAUAACUUCACUCAUACUAUGGUAACAAAGGAUGGCAUAAGCGCGGAAAAGGAAAGCGCCAAAGUGGCGGAAAUGAAGAAAAUCCGCGCUGGUGAAUUAUCAUAUGAAGAAAACAAUGCAGCUGCAGCUACGCGAGCCCGAGUCGAAUUCGAUGGAGUUUCUGCGGAGAAAAGUCAACUUUCUGCUAAGGAAGCCAGAUCGCUGAAGGCCGGAGACCUCAGCCAGCAGGAAUCGAAGAAUAUAGCUCAAACCAACAUGAAAGUGACUACAGAUAAGUUCAGCAGCGAACGAACCGCCAUGGAAUCGCAACAACAAAGGCAAAUGAUGACGUCCAGCGGUUUCUUCAAUCAGGAGAAGCACAGCUCGAGCACCAGCCACACGUACACCUCCUCCAUGAAGGGACUCAGCACGUCCACGACAGCAUCCAUGCUCAACGCUCACAGACAGUUCCAUUUACUAAACGGCACUCCCGAAGAAUCCAUCCUCAACACGUCACUGGAGGACUUGGAGAGCCUUUCGGCGCAAUCGGACUUGCAAGACAUCGAACGAGCCAAGCACAAAUACUCCACCUACUUGGACGAAUCCGUCAAGUACCUCCAGAAGCUGGACCAAGGCAGAGACGCGCCUCUGGUACUCGAUAAAAUCAACGACGUGAUGCGCAAAGCCUGGGCGGUACCGACCUACGGACACGAGCUCGGCUACGCGCUGUGCAACGCCUUGAGGAACAGCGGCGGUUUGGAUUUAAUCAUGCAAAACUGCACCAAAUCCAAUCCGAACCUCCAAUUCUCCAGCGCCAAGCUGCUGGAGCAGUGCCUCACGGCGGAGAAUAGAGCGCACGUGGUGGAGCACGGUCUGGACAAAGUCGUGAACGUGGCGUGCGUUUGCACCAAGCAAUCGAAUUCCGUGCAGCAUUCGCGAGUGGGCACCGGCAUUUUGGAGCAUCUCUUCAAACACAGCGAAGAAACCUGCAGAGAUGUCGUGCGAUUGGGCGGCCUCGACGCGUUGCUGUUCGAAUGCAGGAAAAGCGACAUCGAUACGUUGAGGCACUGCGCCGGAGCCCUGGCGAAUCUGAGCUUAUACGGCGGUGCCGAAAACCAGGAGGCCAUGAUCAAGAGGAAGGUGCCCAUGUGGUUGUUCCCUUUGGCGUUCCACAACGACGACAACAUCAAAUACUACGCCUGCCUUGCCAUUACCGUGUUGGUAGCGAAUCCGGAAAUCGAAGCCGAAGUGAUCCAAUCCGGCACGCUGGGGCUCGUCGAGCCCUUCGUGACCACCCACAAUCCGUCCGAGUUCGCCAAAUCCAAUCUGGCCCACGCUCACGGCCAGAGCAAAACGUGGCUGAAGCAUUUGGUGCCGGUGUUGAGUUCGAAGCGAGAGGAGGCCCGCAACCUGGCGGCUUUCCACUUUUGCAUGGAAGCCGGCAUCAAGAAGCAGCAGGGGAACACCAAUAUGUUUUCGGAAAUCGGCGCGGUGGAGUCGCUGAAGAAGGUGGCCAGUUGUCCGAACGCCGUCGCUUCGAAAUACGCGGCGCAAGCGCUGCGACUGAUCGGCGAAGAAGUGCCGCAUAAACUGAGCCAGCAAGUGCCUCUGUGGUCCGUGGAGGACGUGGAGGAAUGGGUGAAGCAAAUCGGCUUUCCAGAUAUAGUAGGCAGCUUCGUGGACAGUCGUGUCGACGGGGAUCUUCUAUUACAACUCACCGAAGACAACCUGAAAGACGACAUCGGCCUCAGAAACGGCAUCAAACGGAAACGAUUCACCAGAGAACUACAGCAAUUGAAAAAAAUGGCCGAUUAUACCUCCAAAGAUACGGCCAACAUAAACACGUUCCUCCAAUCCCUCGGACCCGAAUUUUCCAUAUACACCUACAGUUUCCUCAACGCCGGAGUAGAGAAAAAAGACUACCUUCGAAACAUAUCCGAAGACCAAUUGCUGGAGGAAUGCGGCAUCAAGAACUCCAUCCACCGGUACAGGAUCAUGGAGAGCAUCAGGCAGCUGGAGAACGGUUUCGCCAACGGUUCCAUCGAGGACAGCAUGGACAAAUCUCUGGACGUGUUCGUCAGUUACAGGCGAUCGAACGGCUCGCAGCUGGCCAGUUUGCUCAAGGUCCACUUGCAGCUCAGAGGCUUCAGCGUUUUCAUCGACGUCGAGCGAUUGGAGGCCGGGAAGUUCGACAACAAUUUGCUGCAGAGCAUCCAGAAGGCCAAGCACUUCUUGCUGGUUCUCACGCCCGACGCCCUGGCGAGGUGCGUGGGGGACCACGAAAGAAAAGACUGGGUCCACAGGGAAAUUUGCGCUGCUCUGUCGGCUAAUUGCAAUAUAAUUCCAAUCAUUGAUAAUUUCACGUUCCCCGAUGCGGAGUUACUGCCGGAGGAUAUGAGGCAGGUGUGCCAUUUCAACGCUGUUAAAUGGAUUCAUGAUUACCAGGACGCUUGCGUGGACAAACUAGAAAGGUUCAUGCGCGGAGAAAUGAAUCCUCGAACGCAAGACGGCCUGCGAAUGGGCCUGUCGAAAGGCGACAUCACACCGGGCACUCCCUCGAAUCCGGGCCUAGUCAGGCAACCGCCCAACUAUCAAAGAAUGCACAGCAGCGACUCCGGAAAGAGCUCCGAUAAGGACACCAACGGCAAUUCCGGCCUGACGAGAGAUUGACUAGAUGGCGGAUACGCUUCGGGUACACCUACACCAUUACCAAGGUUCUGCAAGGCGAACAGUCCAUCCAGAAACUGGAUAAUCAAUUCCAACAAAUUCGCCGGCAAUCGACCGUACGCGAGGCGGAGUUCCAACACGCCCGUCUCCUCGCUGGCUUUGAACAGUUUCCCUCCGGUACCGAACAGAUCUCGCAGCCUCGACGGUCUCUUGGACACGGCCGAGGCGCCCGCUGAAGCGACUAACGAACAAAUUCCGUCCUCGUUUACAACGAACCGUCGAGAUGAUAUCAAGACAGACUUAGACGAAGGUGAUAAAGUGACUGAUCGAAGCAAAGCGGAGGAUUUUUCGUCGGAUGCUUUGGAGAACGACGAUAAGAGUUCGGUGCACAGCAAUUCGAGCGAGUCGAAGAGGAAGAGGAAUUUUAUGGAUAGGUGCGUGAAUAAAGUACGGUCGUUUAUAAAAAAAGUCGAGUAAAGAUGAAGGUGCAAAAUAGCGAGGUAAAUAACGAUUGUUUGGGCUCUUCCAGACGUGGAAACUGGUGCUGUUAAUAAACGAUCUGGGGUACCGAUUUUACAUUAGGUUAGAAGGACCAAUUACAGGUACUGUCGCCGGAUAUCUCAGUGGCGCUUACUAUUAAUAAUUAGUAUAUUUAACAUUGCUAAUUAAGGUGAAAAGAUUCAUCAUCGUCAUCUACUGAACAUUUCGCAUAGAUAAUCUGGUCAAACGCAGAGUAUGCACGUCUGAAAGAGCUCUUAUUGUAUGUUAUUGUGAUUUUAAAAGUCUGUGUUUCGUUAUUUUAAUAAUUUAUUAUUGUGGAAUUUUUUUAUUCGUUCGAAGGAAGAAUUGUUGACUUGUUAGAUUUUAAAAUUUUUACAAUUUUUAUUUAUUAUCAUAUUUUGAACUUUCAUUGCAUUUAGUACGUACAUGAUACGGAAAUGUAAAAAAUACAUAAACUUAUUCACUUUACCUCCAGCUUGAAAUUCAAUUUCAGUGAUAACUUAUUAGUAUAUUUUUGAUUGAUAUGGCAACUAAAAUUAUAUUAGUACAAAUUGUGCUUUUUAUACAAAAAAAAUAAAACUGUAUAUAAUUUAUUUAUAUAUCGUGAUCAUUUGAGCAGCCUUUUUAUCGAAAGAGAAAAAGAAACAAAUCGUCGUUUGGCCUAUUUUUUGAGCCGUUUAUAUUUAGAGUAUUUCAUAAGUGUUGUCAACUGUAUAGCAAAUUCCUAUUUAGUUCGACGUUACUUAUUUCAUAUUUUCGUCUUAAUGUGUUUUAACAUAUUUAUUUUAUUUUAAUUUUAAUCUAAUAUCGUACCAAAGCUUGCUUAUGCGCAAGUGUAUCCAGUAUAAGCGAGAGCGAUAGGUAUUUUUUAACACUUAAUUGUGAUGCAUCAUUUAAAUCUGUCCCGAUCGAGUACUAUUUUGUUGUAAUUAAUUUCGAAUGAUGCAAUUUAUUUAACAUUUAGUUUGUAAUUUACCGACAUAUAAUAUUGUUUUUUAUCUAUGUUAUAUUUAAAAAUAUAUUUUAUUAAGAUGAACUGUUUUUUAGUUAAUCAUAAUCUGGUUAUUAAUUAGUAUAUAGUGUCUACUAAAG